UGGCGUCUGAAAUAAAAAAACACUAGCUUGUACAUACGUGUCUGCGCGAAGUGUUAUGGGAAUAUCAAUUUUAUUUGUAUGCCGAUAAAGGAAUCAAUGUGGGAUUUUAAAAAAUGAACAAGUCUCGACCAGUUUUCACCUAACACAAGUGUGUUUGGUUUAAUCUCGAUAAAGAUUGGGAUCGUGUACAAAAAAUACCCCCGAAAACCGCAUUCCGCGUAUAUAAAACGCGCUGCAUGUCAGAUCUCAAACAUAUCAGCCUGGCUCUCUACUGAGUGAGUUUAUAAUUAUUGUGUAUUGUGCUACAUAGAUACCUGCAGCGUCCAGACAUAUGAAUGUAAGUUAUGUUUUGUAUCUAAUCACUUUCCGUUGAAUAUGUAUAAUAGUCCAUUACUUUGUGUACAUUGCAUGUGAGUCAAAAGCACCUCAGUGUUUUAACUUACUUUUAUUCUUACCCGUAUUUUUUGUGCAAGUAACACUAUAGUUAGUUGUCAUGGCAUAGUAGGUAAUUCGUUCACCCAUUUCAUCAGUAUUAAACCGUAACUUUACGCAUGUCUCUGCUUUCCACCCCCCAACAUAAGAUAAUGUGCAUCAUCUAUUUUUUACCGUAGUAAAACCAAGUAAAUUUAUUUGUUUUAGCCAUCAACAAUAAUUGACGACUGCGACUACACGAUGAAAAAUUACUAUUAUCCGAGCCCUAGUGAUGAUGAAAUACUAUCACCAUCACUUCUCCUGAAAAAACCGACUAAACGGAUUCACGAAAAUAUUGAUUCAUAUUUUGAAACUCCCUCGAAGAAAUCUAAGAGCAAAACAUUAUCUUCGACAGUCGGACGUGCUGCCUGCGGGGGUAUUUCAUAUAUAUCCACCAAUGAAGACGACGGAUCUAAAGCGUCACACCUCAUAAAAAUUGAAAUGUACGAUAUGAAAAAAUUGAAAGAUUUACCACCCAGCGAACAUUGGAAAAAAGCUGAUAUGCGAAUCAAGCUGUAUUGCACCUCUGAUCAUAUUCUUUUCCAUGAUACUAAUCAACUCAUGUUUUCUAUAACAAAACAAAUAGCUACAAAGACAGAUUGCAAAAAAUAUUUUCUCGAGACAUCGAAGUAAAAAUAAUAAUGUACCACGACCCCCGGCGCACAGACCACACACAACUGCUACACUACCGAGACGCCCCUCUAUUUCCUUCGUACUAUAUAAACACGCGACAUUGAACUGUGACUACACUUCCCUUCUCAAACUCAGCUGCAAACAUGGAUCUCUCUCUCGAUUCGUCAAGCUACGAUGCAGAGCUACUGAAGGCUUUAGCUGACUACGAAAAUCAGGAAACGUACAUUAACUGGAAAUGGAAGAAAAAGAAAAUGGGGUGAUGUCAUCACCCCUUCAACGUCGGCCGCUGCAACGAACAACGACCCCUCCCAGGCAGCCCUCCAGGCAACACCUCUAGAAGAAGAUACCCCUCCAGGCAACAAAAUUAAAUGUGAUGCGUGUCAAGUUCACAUUGGGAAGAGGUACUUUUCACGUCAUUUAAAUAGCAAAUUACAUAGGGAAAAGGUUUUAAGAAACCAUGAAACAUUAGAAAAUGUGAAAAUAAUUGAAAGCGCAUUUGGACAACGAGUGAAAUCCUAUCGUAUUCAGCUCGACUCAUCUAAUUUAAAUAGUUCUGUAUCAACAGAUUGUGUAAUAACACCCGAGGUAUACUUCGAAAAAAUUAAAAAUAAAAUAUUUAAACUACUAAUGGAUAACAUAGAUUGCCAUUCAUUCAUCAAAGUAAAUUUUGUUUUACACGCAGAAUUCAUUCAAAUCACUAAAGACUUAGUUAAUUCUUUCGAUUUCCAGGGGUAUAAUUAUAGUUUUUGCAAGGGGGAUGAUAUUGAGUUAGAUUUUGAACAAGUUGUUGUUGAGUUUUCCAACAAAUUAGGCGAAUUCGAAAAAAAGGACAGUGGAUGGAGUCUAAAAAAAAUCUUAUAUGUUGAUAUGAACGUAAAUAAAUUUAAUCCAUUGCGGGGCUCAUCAUAUAUUGAUUUACCAAUUGAUAUCAAACAUAAAAAAGCAGUACUAAAUAUAAAAAACUCAGAUUAUGAAUGUUUUUCGUGGGCAGUGUUAGCGGGGUUAUACCCCGUAAAUAAAAAUGCAGAGAGAGUGGCAGCAUAUUUACCCAACAAAAACAAAUUAAAUUUUGGUGACAUAAAUUUUCCAGUAAAACUACGAGAUGUGAAAAAAUUUGAAAAUUUAAAUAAUAUGAGCAUUAAUGUUUUUGGAUUAGAAUACAAUAAUGAAACAAAGAAAAAUGAAAUCAUAGGCCCCUUACAUUUUACGAAACAUCGAAUGCCUACUCAUCUAAAUUUAUUAUAUUUAACAAAUGGCUCGAAUGGUCAUUAUUGCCUCAUAAAAAACAUGUCUCGAUUACUUAGCAAGCAGAUAACCACAUCAAAUGAAGCAAUUCAUAUUUGUGAUGGGUGUCUUUUACAUUUCUCAAACAAAGAGCAUCUCAAUCUGCAUCAAAAAAAUGAUUGCGUUAAUAUACGAACUGAAUUACCUAGUGCACGAAACACAAAACCCAACUGGUUUGGAGAGCACACGAGUAGUGAUAAGUUAAAAUUCGAUAAAUAUGACAGACAGAUGAGAGUGCCCUUUGUGGUGUAUGCAGACUUUGAAGCGUUUGUUACGCCAAUACCAUCAUGUGAUAAUGAUCCCGAGAAGUCGCAUACAAAUAACAUUCAAAAACAUAAUGUUUACAGUUUCGGUUACUAUCUAAAAUGUGCGUAUGAUGAUAAACUUUCCAAGUACCAAACUUAUAUGGGUGAAGAUUGCCCUAACGUAUUUCUAAAAUAUUUAAAAAAAGAUUUAGAGCUCAUAACUAAAAAAAAUUCUUUUGUUAAAUCACCUUUGCCAUUGACGGAUGAAGAUAAACUUAAUAUAUCUCAAAGUCAACAGUGCUAUAUUUGCAGUAAAGAUUUAAAUCAUGAUGCCACCAUUGAUCAUAAUUGGCACACUGGAGCUUAUAGUGGAGUUGCGCACAGCAUGUGUAGUUCAAAAUACAAUCCACCUAGAUUUUUACCUGUAUUUCUACAUAACUUAAGCAAUUAUGAUGCACAUUUUAUCGUACAUGCAUUAAACUUUGAUUCAGGAAAAAUCGAUAUUAUACCCCAAAACAAAGAAAAAUAUAUUUCUUUUUCUAAACAAAUUAAAGUGAAUAACCAUAAUGUUAGCUUGAGGUUUCUCGAUUCGUUUAAAUUUAUGGCUAGCAGUCUAGAUAAGUUGGCUCAAAAUUUGAGGUCUGAUCAAUUUAAUGAGCUCAAAAGAGUAUUUCCAAAGGAGGACGAUUUCAAACGAUUAAUAAAAAAAGGUAUAUAUCCCUAUGAAUACACCACGUCUUUUGAUAGUUUAAAAUGUACAUCUUUGCCUGAUAAAGAAGAUUUUUAUAACUCAUUAACUAACACAAAUGUUUCUGAUGAAAAUUAUAAACAUGCCCAGGACAUAUGGACACAUUUUAACUGUCAUGAUAUGAGUGAUUAUUCGAAUUUAUAUUUAAAAACCGAUGUGUUGUUGUUAGCCGACAUCUUUGAAAAUUAUAGGAAUGUUUGUUCUAAGACGUAUGGAUUAGACCCAGCACAUUAUUUUACUGCACCGGGAUUAAGUUGGGACGCUAUGUUAAAGUAUACACAAAUUGAAUUGCAGCUUUUGACUGAUUUUGAUAAAAUAUCUUUUAUAAAAAAAGGUAUACGGGGUGGUAUUUCCCUAUGUAGCAAUAGAUAUGCGAAAGCGAAUAAUAUUUUCAUGAAUGACUAUGACAGUCGAGUACCACCUUCGUUUUUGAUUUAUCUUGACGCUAACAAUUUGUAUGGGUGGGCUAUGUCACAAUAUCUUCCGACAGGUGAAUUCGAAUGGGUAGAAGAAAGUGUCAAUUAUAAUAUACCUGAUAAUUCUGAAUAUGGUUAUAUAUUAGAAGUUGACUUGAUAUAUCCUCAUCAUUUACACGAUUCUCACUCCGAUUUGCCUUUCUGUCCUGAAACAAUUUGCACGCCAAACAGUAACGAAAAAAAAUUAGUACCAAAUUUAAAAAACAAAAUAAAAUAUAUCAUUCACUAUAGAAAUCUUAAACAAUGUAUUGAAAACGGUUUAGAACUAACUAAAAUUCACAGAGUUUUAAAAUUCAAACAAAGUGACUGGUUAAAAAAAUAUAUUGAUUUGAAUACUUCAAUGAGAACUUCAGCCGUAACUGAUUUUGAAAAAGACUUUUUCAAAUUAAUGAAUAAUGCCAUAUUUGGUAAAACAAUGGAAAACAUAGAAAAACGUGUGAAUGUUCACUUAGUUACGCAAUGGGAAAAUAAUGGGAAAAUUCAAGGUGCACAAAGUUUAAUUGCCCGACCAGAAUUUCACAGUGCAUCAUGUUUUUCUGAAAAUUUGAUUGCAGUUCAAUUAAAUAAAACAAAACUUUUAUAUGAUAAACCAAUUUAUCUCGGCUUUUGCAUUCUGGAUAUUUCCAAAACACUGAUGUACAAGUUUCACUACUCAUAUAUGAAAAACAAAUUUAACGAUAGGUUAAAAUUGAUGUACACUGAUACUGAUAGUUUAAUAUAUCACAUUCAAACCGAAAAUUUAUAUAGCGACAUAAAGUCAAAUUUAAAAGACUAUUUUGAUACAUCUGAUUAUUCAAUCGAUAAUCGUCAUAAUUUUCCACUUGUUAACAAAAAAAAGAUAGGAUUUUUUAAAGAUGAAAAUAAUGGAAAUAUUUUCAGAGAAUUUGUAGGUUUACGUUCAAAAAUGUAUGCAAUCGAGGUAGAGAAUGAUUUUAUUGCUAAGGCGAAGGGCAUAAAUAAAUCUGUAACUAAGACGUUUCAGCUAAAUGACUAUAAAAGAUGUCUAUUUAAUCAAACCCGAAAAAUCGAUUGUAUGUUAAGAUUUAAAUCAAUAAAACAUGUUAUAUUUACACAAAAAUGCUCCAAAAUUUCACUGUCUCAUAAUGAUACGAAGCGAAAAUUAUUGGAAAACUCAACCGAUACUGUUGCCUGGGGGCAUUAUAAGAUGUCUGAAUAAUUUUUAAGUUUUUGUAGUUUUAAAAAUAGUUUAAGAUUUUUAACAUUGUUGUGUGUGUCUGUGUCUGUGCUAUGCUUCUGCAUAUAUGUUUUUUGUAUUGUGUGUACUAAUUAUUAUAUUUAGUUUUAAAUAACCAAUAAGCGUGUUUAGUUUGUAUGUAGGUUUAUUUUUAGUGUGUAGCUUAAGAUUAAAUCAUAAAAUAAAUUUAUAUUUUUAUAAACACAAUCUCAUUUUUUAUUUAUUCAUUCAACGCAAAUCAGCAGUACUUAGUAGACGUUACUCAAAAAUAACAAAUAAUGCAUCAUUUUAUUCAUCCGUUCACAGCUAUUAUUGGUGGACCUAGUGGCUGUGGCAAAACUAACUUUGUCACAAAUUUUAUAAAGUAUGUUAAAAAAUCUGCAACACAAAUUUUUCACAAAUAACUUGGUGUUAUGAUGAAAUGCAACCAUCAUAUAAUUUAUUAGAAGUUAACUACCACCAAGGAUUGCCGGAACUUACCAUGUUUGAUGGUAAAACUCCUCAUUUAGUAAUAAUAGAUGAUUUAAUGAGAGAAUCCGACGGAAGAAUCGUAGAUUUGUUUACAAAGGGCAGUCAUCAUAGAAACCUCAGCAUAUUUUAUAUAACACAAAAUUUAUUUCACCAAGGGAAAGGACAGCGUGAUAUUUCUUUAAAUUCGAGUUAUAUCAUAUUUUUUAAGAACCCUAGAGAUAAGACUCAAAUACGUUAUCUAGCUCGUCAAGUUUUCCCUGAGAAUCCAAAAUUUGUUGAAGAAGCUUAUAAAGACGCCACAAAGGAAGCUCACGGAUACUUAAUGGUUGAUCUUAAACAAAAUACUUCCGACAUUUAUCGCCUUAAAACAAAUAUAUUUGAACAGCAGCAUUGCAUAGUUUAUGUACCCAAAAAAGGAUUUAAAUACGAUGUGCAAAAACAAAUACCUAUCAUUUCCAAAUAAUGCCUGGAAGAGUAACGACUCAUAAACAUUUCCUCACUGCAUUACAAACACUCAAACCGAAGUUUCGUAAAGCACUGUUAAAAGUUUGUAGUGAAGAAGAAAUUAACUGUAUUUGUGAGUGUAUUCACAACGUUUUAAAAGGAAACAUUCCUCUUCAAAACAAAGAUUCAAUUAAAUUAAGAAAACAUAAAAGUACUUUGAGAAAAUUGGUUUCUAAAGGGAAACACCAGUUCAGAAAACAUAUAAUUAUCCAGAAAGGUGGUGCAUUUUUACCUAUUAUAUUGGGUUCUGUUUUAACCGGAUUAAUUAAUAGUAUAUUACGGUGAAAACUAUAAUGGAUAAUACCAAAAAAUUGUUACUUGUGGAACCUGAAUUUUUAGAAAAAAUUAAGCAAACUGAUAAACCUGAAACGACUCUUACUCGGUUAGAUGAUGAAAUGAAUAAAAUUUUAAAUAGUAAGGUAGAUGACCGAGAAAAAUGGACUUUAUACUUACAAACUCUGCAAAGAUACUUACAUUUUACUGAAGAAGAGCGACAACCGCUGAUUACUAUGAAGAACAAUCUUACCAAGAACUCAGAAGAAAAUAUAGCGACGACAGUUACCAAAUCUGAACCAUUAAAACAGGACGUCAGCAAUAUUAAUUAUCCGUUAUCUGCAUACACCCCAUCACAUUUACUAAAAUUAAUACCAAAAACUUAUUUAAAAAAGGGUGAGUUGCUGCUGGAAAACAUCCUGCAAAAUAAAGAUAGAGUUAAUUGGAAUGAUCGCGGGGAAGUCACCAUAAACAAUCAACCUAUACUGCAUAGCAACAUUGUGGAUUUAAUAAAUGAUGUGUUAAGACCGCUUAAGCGCGCGAAGCCCAGAGGUUGGGAAGUAUUUAGUUCACUGCUGCAUGAUAUAAAAGUUCCUCUAUAUUGCAUAGGCAAUCCAGCUAACUUAAAUUAUAUAAAUUCACUAAAUUCAAACGAAAUAAACUCCCAAUCAAACACUAAAAAGGAAGAGAUUAAACAAGCAUCUCCUGAAACUGAAAUUCAGGAAAACUAUACACCGAAGUUAAAAAAUAUUGGAAAAAUUAGUAAGAAAAUAGAUUGGGAACGAUGGACCCCGUACUAGAGAUCAACGAUAUAUAUUAUAAUGUAUCCCACCCAGCUGGUUACAGCAGUGUCGAUAAAUUAGCUAAAUCUAUGAAGGGAAAAAUGAAAAAAGAGGAUGUGAAAACUUGGUUAGAGGCACAGGAAACUUAUACUUUACACAAACCACUUAUCAGAAGGUUUCCUAGAAAUAAAUAUGUGUUAUCAAAUUUUAAUGAACUUUGGCAGGCUGACUUAAGUGAUAUGCAGUCUUACAGUGAAUAUAAUGAUGGUUUUAAAUAUUUGAUGUGUGUAAUCGAUGUUUUCAGUAAAUACGCAUUUGUUCGUCCAAUGAAGAAUAAAAAUGCUGAAACCUCAAAACAGUGUUUUGAAAGUAUAUUUCAUGCAGCUAAAGCAACUCCUCGUCACAUACAAUCUGAUAAGGGUUCUGAAUUUAUUGCUAAUAGUGUGAGAUUAUACUUUAAAAGUAAAAAUAUUAAUUAUUAUACCACUAACAACCCCGAUAUUAAAGCUAGCAUUGUGGAAAGAUUUCAGCGAACACUAAAAAUGAAGAUGUGGCGUUACUUCACACAUAAAAAUACAUAUAGAUAUAUUGAUAUCUUACCAGAUUUAUUGCAUUCAUAUAAUCAUAGUUUUCAUAGAAGUAUUAAAAUGGCUCCUUCUGAUGUUACAUCUGAAAAUAUUAUGACUGUAUGGCGCAACUUAUACCAUACAAAAAGUGCUGAUAAAACUCAAAAUAAACCUAAAUACCGUAUUGGAGACUACGUUAGAAUAACUAAAUACAAACAUAUAUUUCAAAAGGGUUAUGAAACAAACUGGAGUGAUGAGGUAUUUCAGAUAUUGACUAUAAUACCUAGAUCACCAUGGGCAGUUUACACUUUAAAAGAUUUACAGGGAGAGGCAAUUACCGGUACGUUUUAUGAACGCGAGUUACAAAGAGUGAUUUAUGACCCCACUCGUCAAUAUAAAGUAGAUAAAAUAAUUCGUUCACGGUAUUCUGGUGUCAGAAAGGAAGUGUUAGUGAAGUGGAAAGGUUAUCCAAAUAAAUUCAACUCUUGGAUAAAAGCAUCCAAUUUAGAAAAAAUAUGAUGGAAGAAAGUUUCUAUCUCACAUUGUUGAGUAAUAGCUCAAUGUCUUAUUUUCCGCAAAACACCACAGCUAAUUUUUCAACUAUGUUACCCAAAAGUAUCAAGUUAGAAGGGGAAUGGGUAGUGGGGUUAGUUGAAUUUCAUUAUCCUUGUACUAUGUUCAAUGUGCAAGAAUAUGAAAACGUACUUUAUAUAAAGAAAAAUGUAAUGAUUCCCGAUGAAGAAACAAUGACGUCAGUAGAGUAUAAGUCUCAUAUUCCAGCUACUAACUAUGAAAGUAUUGAUCAAAUGAUAAAUGCAUUAAAUGAAAAUUCUUUGAUAAAAAAUAACGUUACAUUUUCAUACGAUAAAUCAUCAAAAAUUGUACAUCUUACUGAUCACAAAAAUGAAACUAAAUCAAUAAAGUUGACUCCCAAACUUGGCUUACAACUUGGAUUUGAACCGUAUACAAACAUGAUUUUAAACUCAUAUGGAAAAUAUCCCUACAACUUGUAUUUAGGGUUACCAUCUCAACUUUUUGUAUAUUGCGAUAUAAUUGAUCCGCAAAUGGUCGGUGAUGUUAUGACGUCUCUGCUAAGAAUAAUUCCGUUAGAUCCUAUUAAAUAUAUAUACGGUGCACAUAGGAUGCAUACAUUUUCACCCGCUCAUUACUUACCCAUUAUGCGUAGGGAAUUUGAUACAGUAGAAAUUGAUAUAAGAACGAGCACAGGUGGAAAGAUACCAUUCCAGUUUGGAACUUCGUGUGUUAAAUUACACUUUAAACGAAUAAAAUGAGUCCACAACAUCCUUGUCCAUAUGAAAAAUAUUACUCACAUCAAGCUGGAACAGGAAUAGGCAUUGUUUACAAAGGUGUACCCCACCAACGAGGACAUGGGAUAGGUAGCUUUUUAGGUGGGCUAUUUCGAUCAGUUCUACCUUUAUUGUCAAGUGGUGCAAAAGCAGUAGGAAAAGAGGCCUUACAUACCGGUGUGGGAAUUUUAUCAGAUAUGAUAAAAUCACAACCAUUGGAAGAAUCUGUUAAACAACGUCUGAAAAUGGCUAGUGCUAACUUGAAAAGGAAGGCUGACUCUAAAGUUGAUUCGCUUAUGUCUGGCUCGGGGUAUAAAUUAAAAAGGCUUACACAACGACCAAUCAUUGCUUCAAAGACAUCACAACGAAGAGGUACAAAAAAUAAAAUCAACAAACGCAAAGUUAAUGAUAUUUUUUCAUAAUAAUAAUAAUAAUAAUGUCGUUUUUACACAAUAAUUCCUGUGAGUGCACAAAAUCUGAGUUAGACUUAUUUGCUCUUCCAUCGACACAAACAAGCAUUGAAAGUGGGUUAUGGGUUCACUAUAAACCAAUAUCAUCCCUGUCCGACGAUGGACCCAUUGAAUUUCAAGUACCCGGAAACGGAGAAGACUAUGUGGAUUUGAGUCAUACGCUACUACACAUCAAAGCAAAAGUAUUAAACCAGGACUCAUCUGUUGUUACUGAGUCAACGAACGUGGCACCAGUAAAUAAUUGGCUUCAUUCCUUGUUUAGUCAGUUGGAUGUUUACUUAAAUCAGAAACUCGUAUCACCACCCAACAAUACUUACGCAUAUCGAGCGUAUAUAGAAAAUUUAUUGAACUAUGGUCCAGCUGCUAAAGAGUCCCAUCUUACGUGCGGUUUGUGGUAUGGAGAUACCUCAGGUAAAAUGGAUUCAACUGAUGAAGGAAAUAAAGGUUUUAUUAAACGCAAAGAGUUGGCCAAACAAAGCCGGGAAGUGGAAAUGCUUGGUCACGUGCAUGCAGAUAUAUUUAACCAAGAAAAAUUUUUAAUCAACGGUGUUGAAAUGCGCGUCAAAUUAGUGAGGACAAAGGAAACUUUCAACCUUAUGAGUACAACAUUAGAUGCUAAAUUCAAAGUUCAAAUCACCGAUGCAACUCUCAUUAUUCGUAGGACACGUAUAAAUCCAUCUGUACUGCUGGCCCAUCAGAAAGCUUUGGCCACAACUACAGCUAAAUAUCCGAUAACACGAGCUGAAGUUAAAGUUUUAACAAUACCUGCAGGAGUUCAAGGAAAAACGCUGGAUAAUAUAUUUUUAGGGCAAAUACCCAAAAGAUGUAUAGUGGGUUUUGUAAACAAUAUUGCUUUCAAUGGUAGUCUGAACACAAAUCCUUUUAAUUUUCAAAAUUAUAACAUUAACUCUUUUAGUUUGUACGUUGACGGACAACAAAUUCCUUCUAAAACACUUCAGCCCUCAUUUGAAAAUAAAGUAUUUACCAAUGCUUACCAUACUUUGUUCUCUGGCACAGGUAUUCACUUUUUGAAUGAAGGUAACUCUAUAUCUAGGGAAGAUUUUGCUGACGGUUAUUGUUUGAUGGCAUUCGAUUUAACACCCGAUUUAUCGGCUAAUAAUAACUCACACUGGAAUCUUAUAAGGCAUGGUAGUCUUAGAUUAGAAGUGCGUUUUGAUACCGCUCUUACAUCUACCGUUAAUUGCAUAGUGUACGCUGAAUUUGAUAAUGUUCUUGAAAUAAAUAAAAACCGCGAUAUAACUGUAGAUUAUAAUAGUUAAAUUGAAGUAAGUUUACCAUGUAUAAAAGAUAGAAACUUAAUAUCCUACUCUUCAUUCAUAACCAUCUGUUCACAAUGGAUACUUAGCAGAUUAAAAACUAUUUAGUGGAAAUAAGCCCAUAUUUGAUGCAUAAUGUUUUUGCAGCAAACAGAAUUCCACUAAAUGUGAGCAGACCCUUUUUUGCAGUAGUUAACUUAGAUCCUGACUCAAAACCAGGCUCUCAUUGGGUAGCUAUUAGUAUCGAUAGCAAUGGUUUGGGGGAAUAUUUUGACUCAUAUGGACGUAAUGCGUCUAGCUAUCAUAAAUCAUUUUUAGCACGUAAUUGUCACAAUUGGUAUUACAACUCUAAAAUACUACAAAAUUAUUUUACAACUGUUUGUGGUGAAUAUUGUUUAGUCUAUCUUUAUUUUAAAUUUAAAGGAUUGUCAAUGAAAACUUUUCUUAACUUGUUUACUGAAGAAACUAUGUUUAACGAUUUACUGGUAAGAGAAAUGUUCAAUAGUAUUUUUUAAAAUAAAUGAUAGUUAUUUCAGACCUACUGAUUUUUAUUUUCCAUAAUUAUACCUACUAACUACCUAACUAUAUCCCUAUUCUAUUUUAGUAUAUGGGUUAGUAAAAGAAAAAAGUUUUACUAAUUUACAUCAAUUUAAUGAAAUAAUUAAAAAAGGGUUGGACUAUAACUAAAAUUAACAUCUAAAGUAAACGGAGACAUUUCUUCUGAUUCUUCACUCCAAACAAUUCUCAAAGGGUUGAAUCGCAGAGGCAGCAUGGGUGGACUCAGCAUAGGUGAGUACGAGGAUUGCUCUUGUCGACGUUCAUAAUCCAAGAGGGCUUCUAUUAAUGCGGCAUCGAACACGGAAGAGUGUAGUGUAUAAUCCAUGGUUGGCGGCAACAGAAUACAGGGGCGUCUUGGUAGUGUAGCAGUUGUGUGUGGUCUGUGCGCCGGGGGUCGUGGUACAUUAUUAUUUUUACUUCGAUGUCUCGAGAAAAUAUUUUUUGCAAUCUGUCUUUGUAGCUAUUUGUUUUGUUAUAGAAAACAUGAGUUGAUUAGUAUCAUGGAAAAGAAUAUGAUCAGAGGUGCAAUACAGCUUGAUUCGCAUAUCAGCUUUUUUCCAAUGUUCGCUGGGUGGUAAAUCUU